AUGUACGAGCUGCUGGCGUUGGCGGAGACGGCGGGACCAGCGGAGAUAAAGGCGGCGUACCGGCUGCAGGCGCGGCGGUGGCACCCGGACGCCUGCCGCUCCACCAGUGAGAAGACCUUCUUCGCUCAGCAGUUCAUGCGGGCGCGAGAAGCCUACGAGGUCCUCUCAGACCCCGCCCUCCGCCGCGACUACGACCUCUCCCUCCGGGUCGCCGGCGGCGCUACGGUGAGGGCGCGGGGGCGAGAAGGGUUCGGGGACUGGGAGGCCCAACUGGAGGGGCUCUGGAGGUGGGCGGCCCGGCCAAGGCGGGAGGCGACUUGGGGGAGUAGGAUGCGGGGCGGCGCCGCCCAUCGAUCUGAUUGA